AUGGCCGAUCCGUAUCUCGACCUUGUCCCGGCUCCCAAGCUCAAGAAGAACAAAAGGAAGCGGGACAAGCGACGCAAGUCCACCGCCCAAGAUGACCCUUCUACAUCGACCUCGACGACGCUGGACCUCAAUGCGCCUCCUACACCGACGACGACGACCAGCACGACCAGCACGACCAACCAUGGCCAACACAAAAGAUGGCUCCAAAAGGAUAAGCCGCAUUUCGCCAUGACGCAAAAGUUCGUGCCGUCGCAGGCCUGGCUCGCGGAGCAGCACGUGGCCACGAACGACGAGGAGGCGCAGACGAGCAAGGGCCCCUCUCCACCGCCACCAGCCGCCGUCCCGGUAGAGACGUUCCCGUCCCCGCCUCGUGCUGAACCCACCCCGCUCGAACCUCCGGAUCGCACAACUCCGCCCGAGAUCACGCUGCUCGAUCCUCAUCUCGACGACUCGUCGGACGACGAGCUCGUACGGCAGACCUUGAUCCCGAUACCAGAUACCAUUCCAGCAACAGCAACAGCCGAAUCGAGUCGAUCGCCUACCCAGGAACCACAAUCACAGGCUCAGCCGGUGUCCGAGGACAUGGACAUCAGCUCUGACGAUCGCCCAGCUGAGCUCAGUCACCUCGAAGAGCACGCCCGCAUCCUGAACUCUGACGACUCGAGCCGAUCACCGACACCGGAAUCCGAGCCGACCGUCAUUGUCGACCAACACCCACACUCUCCCGCGUCACGCGACGACGACGACGAAGAUGAUGAAGAGGAUUCUCAUUCACCGCUGCCUUCCUCGGACGACUCGGACCAAGACGUCUUCAUUUACGAUCCGCGCGACGGCACGCAUUCCCAUCUCGACCCUGUAUCCGCUCGAUCACGCCGCUUCCAAGACGUUAUUGACCUCGUUGAUGUUUCGGAUGGCGAAUCCUACCUCUACGACUCGUCCGACGACGAAGACCAUGACGACGAGAUGAUCAUCGUCGAGCAGCCCGAUCCGACACCUCCCAUCGCCCCUGCCCCCGUCCUCAACGACCCCUUCGCCUCAACUCAUUUCCCUCCGUUGACCACUGCUGCAUCUCUCUCCGCACGCGCUCGAGGGAAGCGACCUCUCGACCCUUCGAGCGACACCGAAGUCGAACGCGCCAAACGCGCCACUCGCGAUCCCCCUUCCCUUGCCACGUUGCCAGACACCCCUGCUGUCUCGGCCUCCACUUCCACAUACUCCUUCCAACCCCUCCCCACUCGCCCUACUGUAGGUGCUCUCUAUCCAUUGCGGCGUCCCAUCCCUUUGCCAUUUCUUGAUCUAUCCUCUCCUGCACAAUCGCCUUCUGGUCUUGCUCCUACAUCUGUGCCUCUUCAUCAUCGGGUGAGGGUCAUCCGACGAGCGAGGAGUGCUUCGGCUGUUCCGGUCGAUGUGCCGGAUCCAACGUCCGAGGGGGAAGAAGGAGAAGUAGCUACGUGAGCACUCGCCAUUCUCUUCUCGUGAUCUGUUGAACUCGUUUGAAAUGCUUCCUGAAUGCGUGUCCUGAAUUCUUCCCCUCUAGCCCACCUGCCCGGUCCCCACACCCCACCACGGCCAUCGACCCAGAAACGGGCAUCCUUGUCAACCCAUCGACAGGCAAAGGCGUCUACAUCCGGUCCCGCCCUUCCCUCGCUCCCAGCACCCCCAUCGCCGUCGGAGCCUCGCGUCUCAAAUCCCUCAAGCGCCAGCUCCGAUCCUCAGAUGUCGCCCCUUCGAGUCCUUUGACGACGUUGGCUCCACCUCCCUCUCUCCAUCGCACCGCUUUCGACCGACGACUUUCAGCGCAUCGCAAGUUGCGUAAAUGGUUCCCCGCUGAAGUCGGACCAGUAUUGCAAGAGGCCUUCUUCCGUCCCUCGUCAUGCAUGGCCCUUUCGAGCGAGGCUAUGAAGCAGCCUCUACCUUAUCGAUCGAUCGGAUACGGUUUCUGGCCCGGAGCGAUCCCGACAUCAACGCCUACUGCGCUGUUGACCGCCUCCCUCCCGAUUCCGACCUCAACCACAGCAGGCGGUCUGAACCUCCGCCCCCGCGUUGACAUUUUCGUCGACAACUCCAACAUCAUCCAUUCCUUCCAUCGAUGGCUAGGCCAAACCUUUCCUUCUAAGAACGUCUCUCUCGCCUCUCGUCUUGCGCGUCGAGUACGAGAGGACGUCAUCGACGGGACAAGGUAUUACCUCGACUAUGACAUCCUCUUCGCCUUGCUCGAAAGAGGAAUGGGAAGUCGCGUGAAGAAGAGGGUUUUGGUAGGGAGCUCGCUCUUGAAACAAGGUGUCGAGGACGCCGUCAAAUGGGUGAGUUGCUUCAAAGUCGCUCAAGGGCAUAUCAAAACCACCUCACUGAAUCAUUCAUUCACUCACAGGGUUACGAAGUCUCGAUCCUCCAACGCGUACCUCGUCGCUCAGUCCUUUCCUCCGACCCCGACGGUCCCAUCACGACCCUCCAAAAAGAACAAGCAGUCGACGAACUGCUCCAUCUCAAGAUCCUCGAGGCGAUCCUCGAAUUUCAAUCAACACCUCACCAACCACCAAUCACCACCACCACCACGUCGUCACCGCGUCCGCUGAUGAUCCUCGUCUCAGGCGACGCCAAAUCAUCCGAAUACAACCCCUCCGGAUUCCUCGGUUGCGUACGUCACGCCCUAGCGCACAAUUGGGACAUUGAGAUAUGGGCGUUCAAGAAAUCGACGAAUCGAUUUUGGGGGGAUCUGAGCAGGGAACAGGAACGGAAGAGAGGGGUAGAAGGGGAGGGGGUUUGGGGAAGUGGGGAUGUGAGAUUGGUCGAUUUGAGUACUUGGGCGGGGGAGCUGGUGAGGAGGUGA